AAAAAAAAUGAAUAGGUACCUCUAAAUAAGUUAGCUGUUAGCUGCUUUUUUCGUGAUUGUCUAAAUAUAACAAACGUUAGGUAUUAUCUGUAAUGUUGUGGAAUCGUUUUUAAUAUUCCUCGUUUACUGUAACUUUGAUAACAAAGAUCAAUCAACUAAGCCUCAUUAUUUGGAAAGAAUUACUACAAAUAUGACCAACUCCAAUAUUCCAAUUUAAGUUUUGUGUUAUUUAAAUCUCCUUGGGUAACAAAUUUGAUUGAAAAUGUAAACAGUUUACGUGAUAAUUAAUAAUUAAACGGUUUGUCGAGUGCAAAACAUCAACAUUUUCAUCGGUAGUGUUCUGUAAAAUACUGGCAAAAAUGGACAAACCAACCAUUGAAAAUGGAAGCCGAAUUAGCCACGUGUCUUAUUACAAAGUCUACAAAUACAGUUCACUCACCCAAAUACACAAAAUGGGGGAGAUUCAUGGGGCCAAACGAGUGAUAGCGUUUUUCUUGCUAACAGCUGUGCUCCCCGCAAUUUUGAUAAUAGUUCCACUUUAUUUGAGACAUAGUGUUUUUGCUGAUGUGACAUACCCCGUGGCUGAAUCAGACGUGGUGGCAAUUGAGGAUGGAAUGUCUUCAAUAUUUUGUAGCGCCCAUACUCUCAAAAUGAAUACAACAUUUAACGCUUUUCAACUAACUGGUAAACUGAAACGAAGCCACAAACGUAAACAUAUUAGGCUGAAGAAAUCAAUGAGGUUGCCUGAUGACACUCUUGAAUAUUGGGGAUUCUUUCUUUUAAAAGGAGCCAUUGUGAAGCUUCGCGUUUGCUCCCGGUAUGAAGGUUCACGAAUUUUGGUUGUACGAGGGGAGAAGAAUUUAAAGACUUGUGGACUUUUACAACACAACUACAAGAAAUAUGGGGCCAAAAUGGACGAGGAGCAUAAUCAAGUUAAAGUGACUUUUGAGAAUGCAGCUGAAGUUAUUGAAGUUGUUGAUAAUCAUAAAGUUGACAAGAAUACAGCUGCUGAGGAUUUGAAUGGGGAAAGUGUAGAUACCUUUGUGAAAAAGCGACUGAACAAAGGUAGAGACAAGAAGGUUUCCCAAAAUUCUAGUUUAGCUAUAAAUAAGACUGCUGAAAGUACCUUAAAACAUCACAAAAGACACGCCAGACGGAAAUCUCUGAAAAAACUGUUACUUGAAGACGAGGAUAGUGAAACUAGACCUAAACGCGACAUUGCAGAACUGGACGCACAUAUAGCCCACGGAGGAAAUGCAUUAAACACCAGUGGAUUGUAUUCUGACGACAGCAGUGUCUCGAGUUUUGAGACAGAUUUGCUCACGUGUUACGACGGCCAGAUUCUACUAACACAGGGAUUUCCCCCUAGCCAUUACUGUAAUAACGUUCAAUAUUUGGAGAAAAGUAACCACAUGAUGACCCUUCAUGAGGUGGCAACUGACGGAUACUACUAUUACAUUUUUUACUCAGAUAAUGAUAUUUAUUGGAACGAUAUUCAUGCUAUUUUUGAUAUUUAUAAACCAACUUACUGGUUUGCGAAUUCCUCAAAGGGAAAUGACUGUAUCAAUCAAACCGAGUGUAAUUUUCCCGUGUCAUUUUUAGCUGACGAAACCGUGAUCGUCGAGGUGCCUACACGUGACGGGAUUGAACACGAAGGUGACGAUUUUACGUUGUUAGUCAGUACUUGUCAUCCUAGAAUGAGCGUAUAUAUGAUUUUUCCAAUUACUGUUCUCUUUUUAAUUCUAGGGUGUGCAUUUUUAUAGUGUUCCAUUUUAUUUUCUAUGAAAAAUUGUGAUAUUGUAAUCUUAAGCAUAUAUUUUGAGAUACGGUUAUAAAAAUAAUUAGCAUGGAAAUAUUUAGAUCUAAGAAUACCAGCAGAAAAUAUUUUGUUAUUAAUAUUUACGAAAAAAUUAUUUGACUCAAAGUCACAAUAUUUAUUUUGUUCAAUUUCUUGUUGUUAAAUUGUUGUUGUGACCGAUGAGCUACAAUUAGUUAUUGUUAUUGCCUCGUUAGUCCAGGAUUCCUAGAAAAAGUAAUAUUUUUAAUAAAUUUUUGGAUGCUAAAUUUUUAUCGAUUCGAUGUUUGCAACAUUUUUGCAUGAAUGUUUGAGAAGAUUUAUAUGAUUAUUUUUUUAGCGACACUUUGUAACUAAUCACACAUUUAACAAGGAAUCUCUGUUGCAAACAGACUCUCUAUUUUUGAAAAGAGAGUUUCGUCACUGUUUUCUUAAUAUUCUUGGACUAAAUAGUCAAUUUCUUAAUUCCAUGUAUGUCGACGCUUAUAAUACAUCUUAGGUUAUUUAUAGAUAAGUUUUUUUUGUUUGAAAGUGUUUCAGGAUAGAUGUUUUAUAAAAAUUUAAGUAAUGUUGACAAAUUUUUAUAAUCAAAUACAAUACAAAAUACAUUUUGUACGCUAACUGCGUCUAUAUAGUUGUAAAUUUCUUAUGUUAUUUGUAAAUUUUGAUCUAAACACAUUAUAAAUGUGUCAAUUAUCCACCUAUUUUUUCAUCAUAUGAAUUUGUACCAAUGUUUAUUCUGAAAUAUGUUAUUGUACAAAAAGUCUUUUAUUUUUUAGAUUUAAGUACUAAGUUUUGGUUCCACAUCACAAAUACUAAUCUAACAAGAAAUUUCUUGUGUCAUAUACAUCAAAUAUUCUGAGCUUGUACUUUUUUUGUUGUACCUAUUAUUACAUUUGUAAAAAUACCAAGAACUGUUUUUAACUCUAAGGACUGAAUAAAUGUUGUAUGUUAUGGUA